UUUACGGACAUUAUAAUUCUUGCUCGAGUUUGGGGCCUCAGCUUAGUUGUUUUUCCCUGUCCUCUUCUUCUUCGUCUAUUCAAUUCUCUCUAGCUUCUGUCCAAAAAAGUUUCACUUUUCACUUCACCCUUUUCGUUAUUUGUCAAUAUCUCCAAUUUUCUUGAAAAGGAUUCAACUUUUAUUUGACAAGAUUCCGAUUCCAUAUCGAAUUUGAGCUUCUAGGCUUUCUUGUAUUUGUUUUUGAGGUUUUGGGUUCGAUAGUUUUGAGGAAUCCAUUCAUAAAGGAGCUGUCUUUAAUCGAAUUAAGCCAACUUUGUAUGGUUUCUUGAUUCUCUUUUAUCUCAAAAGGGGCUUUUUUUAAGACAUUUAGUUUAAAUUCUGCCCACGAAUUUCAUCCCAUUUGUUUUGCUGAUAAUUUAUGUCAAACUCUUCACACAAGGAAAGUUUUCUUACCACAUAGCUGUACUCUUUUGCUUCUCUCUAAAAGAUAAAGAUUGCUCUGCUAACUGCAGUUUUGCCCCUUUUAGCUUCUCAAAGUGGAUCGAAGUUUGUUGAUUUCAAGAAGAUGAACGGAGCUGCAUUGGUAGCAAUUGCUGCCACAAUUGGCAACUUCUUGCAGGGAUGGGAUAAUGCAACCAUUGCAGGUGCGGUCGUUUACAUUAAAAAAGAGCUUGAGUUGUCCGCUGCCAUAGAAGGGCUUAUUGUGGCAAUGUCGCUCAUUGGUGCCACGCUUAUCACCACUUGCUCGGGGACGAUUUCGGACUGGGUUGGUCGACGCCCUAUGCUUAUUUGUUCGUCCAUGUUCUAUUUCCUAAGCGGGAUUAUAAUGCUGUGGUCACCUAACGUCUAUGUCCUGCUCCUAGCAAGGCUGUUGAAUGGAUUUGGUAUUGGGCUUGCCGUUACUCUCGUCCCCCUUUAUAUAUCCGAGACUGCACCCUCGGAGAUACGAGGCCUGUUGAAUACGCUGCCCCAGUUCACUGGCUCCGGUGGGAUGUUUUUGGCGUAUUGUAUGAUUUUUGGGAUGUCGUUGCUGGCCUCGCCCAGCUGGCGACUGAUGCUGGGAGUUCUUUCUAUCCCGGCUCUUCUAUAUUUUGUCUUGACAGUCUUCUUUUUGCCUGAAUCUCCUCGGUGGCUCGUGAGUAAAGGGAAGAUGCUCGAGGCAAAACGAGUGUUGCAGAGACUACGUGGCAGGGAGGACGUUUCUGGUGAAAUGGCUUUAUUGGUCGAGGGCCUCGCUGUCGGUGGUGAGACGUCGAUAGAAGAGUACAUCAUCGGUCCAGCAGACGAAAUAGACGAGGACCAGGAACCAACUGCAGAUAGAGACACCAUCAAACUGUACGGACCCGGGGAGGGACUCUCAUGGAUUGCGAAGCCCGUCACCGGGCAGAGUCGCCUCAGCAUGGCUUCUCGCCAAGGAAGCAUGGUAACUACGAACGUGCCUCUCAUGGACCCACUGGUGACGCUCUUCGGCAGCGUCCACGAGAAGCUUCCGGAGAUGGGGAGCAUGCGAAGCAUGCUGUUCCCCAACUUCGGCAGCAUGUUCAGCACUGCCGAGCCUAACAUGAAGAAUGAAGAGUGGGACGAAGAAAGCUUGCAGAGAGAAGAUGAGGGCUAUGCAUCGGAUCAUGGUGACGUAGAGUCUGACGAUAACUUGCAUAGUCCGUUGAUUUCACGUCAAACGACAAGCAUGGAGAAGGACGGCAUGGUGCCCCAAUCCCACGGCACCGUCUUGACUAUGCGACGACACAGUAGUCUAAUGCAAGGGAAUGCCGGAGACGCGAGUAGCAUGGGCAUCGGCGGUGGCUGGCAGUUGGCGUGGAAAUGGUCCGAACGAGAAGGGGAAGAUGGCAAGAAAGAGGGAGGUUUUAAGAGGAUAUAUUUGCACGAGGAGGGCGGUGUCCCCGGCUCCAGACGAGGCUCCCUUGUUUCACUCCCCGGAGACCACGCUGCUGAUGGAGACUAUAUCCACGCAGCGGCUUUAGUGAGCCAACCAGCCCUUUUCUCAAAAGAUCUUAUGCAUCAGCGUCCAGCCGGACCUGCAAUGGCACAUCCUUCACAAUCUGCUGGAAAAGCCUCUAUUUUGGAGGCUCUUCUCGAACCAGGGGUGAAACGAGCAUUGGUUGUUGGGAUUGGGAUCCAAAUACUGCAGCAGUUUUCUGGUAUCAACGGUGUUCUCUACUACACACCUCAAAUCCUUCAGCAGGCGGGAGUAGACGUGCUUCUCUCCAACCUCGGAAUUGGCUCCGACUCUGCAUCUUUCCUCAUCAGUGCAAUCACAAAUCUCUUGAUGCUUCCGAGCAUCGCCAUCGCUAUGAGGUUCAUGGACGUGGCUGGUCGAAGGUCACUGCUGCUGACAACAAUACCAGUUCUAGUAAUAUCCCUCAUAGCCCUCGUCAUCGGGAACGUUUUCGAUUUCGGAGAGGUCAUCCAUGCUGUCGUCUCCACCGUCUGUGUCGUGAUCUACUUCUGCACGUUUGUGAUGGGGUACGGACCGAUCCCAAACAUUCUAUGCUCGGAGAUCUUCCCCACCAGGGUCCGCGGCAUCUGCAUUGCCAUCUGUGCAUUGGUCUUCUGGAUAUGCGACGUCAUCGUCACCUACACGCUCCCGGUUAUGUUGACUUCAAUCGGCUUAGCUGGCGUAUUUGGGAUUUACGCCGUCGUCUGUGUCGUCUCGUGGAUAUUCAUAUUCUUGAGGGUUCCCGAGACCAAGGGCAUGCCGUUGGAGGUCAUCACGGAGUUCUUUGCCGUCGGGGCGAAGCAAGGGGCGGCGAAGAACGAGUAGACGACCAGAAGGAACCCGAUCAAUCGGCCGCAGCCCGUUGGCCUUGCUGACGUGGAUGGUGGACUGGUGCCAUCCCAAGCAGUUUUGUGCAGUGUAGCAUUGCACUUUGUAUCAUACAGUUGUUUUAAGCAUCAUUGUUGUGACAUGAGAGGUUUAUGGUUUGAAUCAUGAAACUUUUGGGCACAA